AUUCAUUGGGCUGCAAGGGUAUGGAGGGAAGACAGGCUCGUGAACGUGAGACGCGCGCUCCCGAUCAUAAACCUCUGACGCCUUCAUCCGGGAACCUGGUUCGAACUCGCUCUCCAACAUGGCGGCGUUAGCUAAGAAGAAGAAUAAGAAGGGGAAGACCCUUACUCUGACUGACUUUCUGGCUGAGGACAGUGGAGGCAGUGCCCCAGCCCCUAGCUACUCAACCAAGUCCACCAGUUGGGCCGAUGAAACUGACGAUCUGGAUGGAGAUGUCUCUACUUCCUGGCACACGGAGGAGGAUACAUACCGGGCACCACCCAUUGAUCGUUCUAUCCUGCCCACGGCGCCACGCUCGGCCCGUGAGCCCAAUAUUGACCGGUCCCGACUUCCCCGCAGCCCACCUUACACGGCCUUCCUGGGCAACCUGCCCUAUGAUGUCACCGAGGACUCUAUCAAAGACUUCUUCCGCGGUCUAGCUAUCAGUGCAGUGCGUCUCCCUCGGGAACCCAGUAACCCAGAGAGGCUGAAGGGCUUUGGCUAUGCUGAGUUUGACGAUGUGGAAUCCCUCCUGAGGGCUCUCAGUCUCAAUGAGGAGAACCUGGGAAACCGAAGGAUCCGUGUGGAUAUUGCAGACCAGUCUAAUGACAAGGAGAGAGACAAUGGACCUAUGGGUGGCCGAGACAGGGGUGGACGCAUGGGUGACAUGGGCCCCGAUAAGACAGACAGUGAUUGGAGGGCCCGGCCCGCCGCAGACGCUGAUGAUGGACCUCCCAGGAGAGAUGAUGCCUUUGGAGAGAGAUCACGAGACCGUUACGAGUCAGACCGUUACAGAGAUGGACCUCGGCGGGACAACGACCGCUAUGAAGGUGGAAGAGACCGCUACCGGGAUCGCUAUGAUGACAGGGACCGCAGGGAUCGUUUUGACGACAGGGACCGCAGAGACUUUGACAGGGGAGGUUAUGACUCUCGCAGUGGUGGGGGUCGUCGUGCCUUCGGCAGUGGCUUCCGCCGCGACUAUGACGACAAUCGAAGUAGUAAUGACCGUUAUGGAGACCGAGAUCGUUAUGGAGACCGUGAUGACCGGUACGACAGACGGGAUGACAGGCGUGAGGAGAGAGCUCCUCUACAGAGGCCCAAGUUGAACUUAAAGCCUCGCAGCGUGCCCAAGGAGGAGGAGCAGGGUGGGGGCGGUAGCAGCCCAGCAGCCCCCAGCUCCAGCAGUCGGGCCUCAUCCAUCUUUGGCGGGGCCAAGCCAGUUGACACAGCAGCCAAGGAGCGGGAGGUGGAGGAAAGACUGAAGAAAGAGCAGGAGAGACUGCAGCGGCAGCUGGAGGAGGACAAGAGCCGGGGCCCUGACAGAAAGCCCCGAGACAGAGACAGGGACCCAAGCUGGCGGAAUGAAGAAUCUCAUGCUGAGCGAUCUCGUACAGGAAGUGAGUCAUCACAGCAAGGAAGCACUUCUGGGAGAGGCUCACGACGUCGGGAGAGCGAGCGCUCAGUGGAAAAUGAGGUUUUUAGUGGGAGGGAAGAUGACCCAUCAUCCCCUGGGGCAUCCCCGCGGCCCCCAUCUACCAGCUCCUCCAAGGAGCCGCUGAAGGUGAUGCCUGCGCCCCCUCCCAAGGAGAACGCCUGGGCCAAGCGGAGUGCAGUCAGUGCAAGCUCCAGUGAGGGUGAAGGACGACCCCCGGUCUCCCCAAGUGGCACAACUCCCCCAAAGCUCAGCUCCUCAAGUUCUGCAGUUGAAAGAGGUUCUGGAAAGGAUGAGAACAAGGCUGAUGGUGUGCGUCGGGACAGGGGUGCCCCACGGGGGCGAGGAGGUGCUGCAGCGCCUGCAGCAGGGCGGGGCCGAGGAGAGGGGCCCAACAAAGACCGACGAAGGGAGGCAGACAGAAAGGAUAACAAAAAAGAUCGAGACGCCAGACCACCACCAGAGCCAAAGAAAUACGAAGAAACUCCAACCCCUGUAAGUCCUGGAAAGUUCAGCUCAGCCAGUAAGUACGCCGCUUUGCUAAUGGAUGGAGACCAAGGAGACGACGCUGAGGACGUUGAGUAAAGAGAGAAAAUAACGAGAGAAUGCGUGAGAGAGCAAAGAAGAGGAGAGAACCGUGAACGAAGAAAAAAUGUCACAUAAAAUAUGAAAAAUCUCCUCACCUGGAAUAGGCUCCUGGGAGGGCAUCACUCCCUCCCUCCUUUCCUCUUUCAAACCUAUUUCCCAGAAAGCCACCCAUCCUUACACCCCUUCCCCACCUUCAGGACUUUUCAGUUUCUAAAAGAAUAGUCACAUACUGGACUUGUUUUAAAUGGAAACAGGAGUAGUUGACACAUGGGAAAAAGAUGAAUAAAAUUGAAUUAAUUGUAAUAAAUAAAUGGAAAAAGUGGGGAAAAAAUGAAUUUGUAUAUUUGUGGAUCACGGGUGUGGGAAAGUUGGAUCUUAUAACAGAAAAUGUAGCUUACUAAAUGGAAGUACUUUUUUUUAUUUUUAGCAAGCUUUGACUCGUUUACUUGUGCAGUUCAGUUACACUGAAUAACUACUAUUCGUUAUAAACUCUUCUAAUUUAGUAGUAAACGAUUUAUGAAAUGA